GCAUCUGCAGAGGGGGCUGAAUUUCACUUUAUAACUUUCUGCGGAACCCGAGCCCGGGUGGCAGCUCGGGUGGUGGUAUCGUAUGCAAAUACGCAUGCUGACGUUACAGAUCAUGUGGGUUUUGGCGUAGAUUCCCCACUGAUCGAGACAUUUUCCCCCUUUUUUUUUUCUUUUUCCCCCCCUCUUUCUUUUUCUUUUCUUUUUCUUUUUCUUUUAAAAAUUUUGCCCACCCGUUCUCCGUCCGGGGUCUUGUCUGUCUGUCCGUCUGCUAGGCUGGCUUCCCCCCCCCCCCCACCUCUUUCCCACGGAGCCCGAGUCGGGCGCCGGGUGGGGAGUGGGGAGUGGGUGGGGGGAGCCAGCAGAGUUCCAUUUUGGAACGCCCGUGCCUCGUCUCCGCGUUCCCAGCCCGGGUCCCCGCGUUCCCAGCCCCUGCGCAGGAGACAGGAUGCUGUGAGGUUCCUGGACAGAAAUAGAAGGGCCCUAAAGACUCACCUCUUGAGAUCAUGCCACAUUUGUACUGAAACAGCAAGGUCUCCACACACUGGCUGCUCUGAAAGUCUGGCUGCAAGAUUCCCAGGAUGUAAGCAACACACAGUGGAUACUGAAUCAGACAUAGAUCCUUAGGACCUGAGCCAAAGGGUGAGCUGAUGAAGAUCAGGCACCAGGCCACAAUCAGAACUGAUGACUAACACAGUGUUUUCCAGCCAGGAUAUGAAGCUGCCUGGUUUGCUCAGAGAUUGGUACAGUUACGAUUUUCUGUGCUGAAAUCAUUCUGAAAAUUCAGAAGGGAGACUUCAGCAUUCAAGGGAAGCCAAAGGCAUCUGAGAGAAAAUAAAGCCCAAAGCCAAGAAUUUCACUGUCACCUCCCUGCCCACUCCAAGCAUAAGCUCUUGCUCACAGGCAGGCAGUAUGGCAAGCAAACGAAAAUCUACAACUCCAUGCAUGGUCCGGACAUCACAAGUGGUAGAACAAGAUGUGCCCGAGGAGGUCGACAGGGCCAAAGACAAAGGAAUGGGUAUGCCGCAGUCCGAAGUGACCAAGGACAGCUGGGCGGCACAACCUGAAAACUCUUCCAAAGAAAAUGAAGUAAUAGAGGUGAAAUCUACAGGGGACAACCAGUCCAAAAAACUCCAGGGUGGUUAUGAGUGCAAAUACUGCCCGUACUCCACACAAAACCUGAACGAGUUCACAGAACACGUGGACAUGCAGCACCCCAAUGUGAUUCUCAACCCCCUCUACGUGUGUGCCGAAUGUAACUUCACAACCAAAAAGUAUGACUCCUUGUCUGACCACAACUCCAAGUUCCAUCCUGGGGAGACCAAUUUCAAGCUGAAACUGAUCAAACGCAAUAAUCAAACCGUCUUGGAACAGUCCAUCGAAGCCACCAACCACAUUGUGUCAGUCGCUGCUAGCGGUUCUGGGAGUGGUGAGAGUGAUCCCGGGAUCUCGGUGAGUAAAACCCCCAUGAUGAAGACAGGAAAACCGAAGGCAGAUGCCAAGAAAGUGCCCAAGAAGCCUGAGGAGGCAACCCCCGAAAAUCACGUGGAAGGGACUGCCCGCCUGGUGACAGACACAGCAGAGAUCCUCUCCAGACUCGGAAGUGUGGAACUCCUCCAAGAUUCGUUGGGACACGUCAUGCCUUCUGUACAGCUGCCACCAAAUAUCAACCUUGUCCCCAAGGUCCCCGUCCCGCUGAAUACUACCAAAUACAAUUCUGCCCUAGACACAAAUGCCACCAUGAUCAACUCCUUCAACAAGUUCCCGUACCCGACCCAGGCUGAGCUGUCCUGGCUGACAGCUGCCUCCAAGCACCCAGAGGAGCACAUCAGAAUCUGGUUUGCCACCCAGCGCUUGAAGCAUGGUAUCAGCUGGUCCCCUGAGGAGGUGGAAGAGGCCCGGAAGAAGAUGUUUAAUGGCACCAUCCAGUCAGUACCCCCGACCAUCACUGUGCUUCCUGCCCAAUUGGCCCCCACAAAGAUGUCACAGCCUAUCCUCCAGACAGCUCUGCCAUGCCAGAUCCUUGGACAGACCAGCCUGGUGCUGACUCAGGUGACAAGUGGAUCAACAACUGUCUCUUGCUCCCCCAUCACACUUGCUGUGGCUGGAGUGACCAACCAUGGCCAGAAGAGACCUUUGGUGACUCCCCAAGCUGCCCCAGAGCCCAAGCGUCCACACAUUGCCCAGGUGCCAGAGCCCCCACCGAAGGUAGCCAACACCCCACUCACCCCAACCUGUGACCGCAAGAAGACCAAGUUGCAGAUUGCACACCUCAAGGCUAGUUUCCUACAGAGCCAGUUCCCUGAUGAUGCUGAGGUUUACCGGCUCAUUGAGGUGACAGGCCUUGCCAGGAGUGAAAUCAAGAAGUGGUUCAGUGACCACCGGUAUCGGUGCCAGAGAGGCAUUGUCCAUAUCACCAGCGAAUCCCUUGCCAAAGACCAGAUGGCCAUUGCAGCCUCCCGACAUGGCCGCACCUACCACAUAUACCCAGACUUUGCCCCCCAGAAAUUCAAAGAGAAAACCCAAGGGCAGGUGAAAAUCCUGGAAGACAGCUUUCUGAAAAGCUCUUUUCCUACUCAAGCAGAACUAGAUCGGCUAAGGGUAGAAACCAAACUAAGCAGGAGGGAGAUUGACUCCUGGUUCUCUGAGAGGCGGAAGCUUCGAGACAGCAUGGAGCAAGCUGUCUUAGAUUCCAUGGGGUCUGGGAAAAAAGGCUCAGAUGUGGCGGCCCCCAAUGGUGCUCUAUCUCGACUUGAUCAGUUCUCCAGUGCCCAGUUGGCGGGUUCUCUGCCCAGCCCUUCAUCAGCAAUUACCCAGAGUCAAGAACAGGUUCACCUGCUGAGGAGCACUUUUGCAAGAACCCAGUGGCCCACUCCUCAAGAGUACGACCAGCUGGCAGCCAAGACAGGCCUGGUCCGAACUGAGAUUGUGCGCUGGUUCAAGGAGAACAGAUGCUUACAAAAAACUGGAACUUUGAAUUGGCUGGAGCAGUACCAGCAGCAGCACAUCUCAGAUGAUCAUGGUUACAAUGCUGUAUCAAGAAAAACAACAAAACAAGUUACUGAGAGCCCAAAGAAUGGAAGCGAGGUGGCUCAGCAAUAUCACAAAGACCCCAAAGCACUCUACGAGGAGGACUUGGAGAAGUUGGUCCCCAGAGCAAAAGUGGGUGGUGAGCAAGCUAAGGACUGUUUUACAGGCAAGCCCUCAGAGGCCACCUCGGACAGGUCAGAGGGCAGCAGCCGAGAUGGCCAGGGCAGUGACGGGAACGAGUCCGGCAUCGUGGACUUUGUAGAGGUGACAGUUGGUGAGGAGGAUGCCAUCUCAGAGAAGUGGGAUAGCUGGAGUCAGAGAGUAGCAGAAGGGAAGACAGAAGGAGCCGACUCAGACUCUGACAGCGCCCCAGCCGAGGCUGGCCAAGCCUAGACAGGGCACUUGGUCAGAACCUCUGCACUGACAACAGGGACGCUCUGUCUUUGAAGAAAGAAGAACGUCCCUCUGCAGCAGCUGUGAGCCUCUCACCAGUGACACAAGUGGAAGUGCUUCGCUGCGUGUGCCUGGAGAACACAGGAACUCCAGCGGCUCCCGGAACCCCUCCCAGAGGACCGGUGGGAAUUGUUCAUAGUGCCAAAGUCCUACUGCUGCGUUUUCAAUGGGUCCCUGUACAUAGUUUCUGCCUUUGCCCCUCCCUUGCCUCUUGCUAUAUUCGAACUGAUUUGUACAAUGUGGGAAUUUUGUUACCUUUUUAAUCGAGGGCAACUUCCUUUUCCAGCACUACCGUGGUAAGGUAUUUUCUUUUUUUCCAGGAAGGAGGGCUAACCACAUUGCUUUUCUCUUUUUUCCUUUUUGUAUUUUUACUGUAUUAAUGAGGGGGAGGGAGUGUUAGUAUUAGUACCACUAUAUCUACUGGAUUUUAGGUAGGAAGAAUUUAUUUUUCAAGAUAGCUUGACAUUUGGAAGAUUUCUUGGUGAAGAAGGUUGGUCCUCUGGCUCAUCUUAGAAUGGGUUGACAGACAGCAGGUCUUCCACAUCAAACCCAUGCCCAGUUCUUCCCGCUGCUGCUUUUUGGGGACCCUGCCUCAGCCCCAUGCAGGCUUUCUGAAUUGCCAAGAGGUGAAUCUGGCUGCUCAGCUGCUUGGCAGUUAGGCCCAGACAGCGCUGGGGGAAUCCAGGAACAGGUGGCUACCCUCUUCACAUACCUUUUUAAAUACCAGCAGAAAGGGCUCCCACAGCUCACAUCAUCAUGACUCAUAAAGUGAAAAGAAACAGUGAUCUUCCCGUCUAGAUGGCACAAAGCUGAACAUCUCUGGUUUUCUUUUCUCUUCUUCACUGCCUUUUCCCGGUGUGGUAUUUGACGAGAUGUCCACUCAAAGCCUCACCAUGAAUUGAUUUUGUUUGUUUGUUUGUUUGUGUGUUUGUUUUGGGCCAAUUUUAGAUACCUGAGUGCACUUUUUUUUUUUAGCUAGUCUUAACUUUUAAAGAAGGAAAAGCCAGAGAUCUAUCUGGUGUAAAUGUCGCAAUACGAAUUCUGUUUGCGAUCCCUGUUCCCCUCUCCCAUUCCCCAUUCCCCUGUCCCCCCACUUGAGUACACUGCAGAAAUACAAUGCUAGGGAGUUUGAAGAGAAACCAAUUUUUCUAACUUGUUGUUCAUUUGUUGUAACCCAAUAAAGCAAAGUCUAAACAUUUUUAUAACCUUC